CGCGUUGGUCGGGCCCGGCCCCGGCGGCUCAUUGUGCUCGCUUCACGCCGGCCCAAGAUGGCGGCGGCGCUGGAGAGCCCGGCCAGCCGCUGACUACAAUAGAGGGAGGCGAAGGGGAGCGGGCGGCCCCCCCCCCCCCCCCGGCCCGCACUCUCCGAGCGGCUACUCUAGCAUGGUGCGGGGCCGCCGCCGUCUCCUCCUGCUGCCGACAUGGGCGAGAGGCUGGAGCUCAGGCUGAAGUCGCCCGUGGGAGCCGAGCCGGCCGUUUACCCCUGGCCGCUGCCCGUCUAUGACAAACACCAUGAUGCUGCUCAUGAAAUCAUUGAGACAAUUCGGUGGGUCUGUGAAGAAAUCCCAGAUCUCAAGCUUGCUAUGGAAAAUUAUGUUUUAAUUGACUAUGAUACAAAAAGCUUUGAAAGCAUGCAGAGGCUUUGUGACAAAUACAACCGCGCCAUUGAUAGCAUUCAUCAGUUGUGGAAAGGAACCACCCAGCCCAUGAAACUGAACACUCGUCCCUCCAAUGGGCUCCUCCGUCACAUCUUGCAGCAAGUAUAUAACCACUCGGUGACAGACCCAGAGAAACUCAACAACUAUGAGCCCUUUUCCCCAGAGGUGUAUGGAGAGACUUCCUUUGAUUUAGUGGCCCAAAUGAUUGAUGAGAUUAAAAUGACUGAGGAUGACUUGUUUGUUGACUUGGGCAGUGGUGUGGGUCAGGUAGUGCUUCAAGUUGCUGCUGCCACAAACUGCAAACAUCACUAUGGUGUGGAGAAAGCUGAUAUUCCGGCCAAAUAUGCUGAGACGAUGGACAGAGAGUUCAGAAAGUGGAUGAAAUGGUAUGGGAAAAAACAUGCAGAAUACACACUGGAAAGAGGUGACUUCCUCUCAGAAGAAUGGAAAGAAAGAAUUGCAAACACAAGUGUUAUUUUUGUGAAUAAUUUUGCCUUUGGUCCUGAGGUGGAUCACCAACUGAAGGAGCGAUUUGCAAACAUGAAGGAAGGUGGCAGAAUCGUGUCCUCAAAGCCUUUUGCACCUCUAAACUUUAGAAUAAACAGUCGAAACUUGAGUGAUAUUGGCACUAUAAUGAGAGUUGUGGAGUUAUCACCACUGAAAGGGUCGGUUUCAUGGACCGGGAAACCAGUUUCUUACUACCUGCAUACUAUUGAUCGCACCAUACUUGAAAACUAUUUUUCUAGUCUCAAAAAUCCAAAACUCAGGGAGGAACAAGAGGCAGCUAGACGUCGUCAGCAAAGAGAAAACAAGAGCAACACAACUACUCCAACGAAGGUGCGAGAAAACAAGGAUUCUGGUGCUGAAGAAGAAAAAGUUGGGACAAAUGCAGUUAAAAAGACAUCUCCCUCCAAAGCACGCAAGAAAAAGCUGAGUAAGAAAGGAAGGAAAAUGGCAGGGCGGAAGCGAGGGCGUCCCAAGAAAAUGAACACUGCAAAUACAGAGCGCAAGACCAAGAAGAACCAAACUGCACUAGAGCUUCUGCAUGCUCAAACUGUGUCUCAGACACCCUCAUCCUCUCCUCAGGAUGCAUACAAGUCACCUCAUAGUCCAUAUUACCAACUACCUCCUAAAGUGCAACGGCAUUCAUCUAACCAACUGUUGGUGACUCCUACCCCACCUGCACUACAGAAGCUGCUAGACUCUUUUAAGAUCCAAUACAUGCAGUUCAUGGCGUACAUGAAAACUCCUCAGUACAAAGCAAACCUGCAACAGUUACUGGAGCAGGAAAAGGAAAAGAAUGCUCAGUUGCUGGGGACAGCACAACAGUUAUUCACCCACUGCCAGGCACAGAAAGAGGAAAUUAAACGGCUCUUCCAACAAAAACUUGAUGAGUUGGGAGUUAAGGCUCUGACAUAUAAUGACCUGAUUCAGGCUCAGAAGGAGAUCUCUGCUCACAACCAGCAGCUGAAGGAACAGACAAAGCAGCUGGAGAAAGAUAACAGUGAACUCAGGAACCAGAGCUUGCAGCUGCUUAAAGCACGAUGUGAAGAACUGAAGUUGGAUUGGUCAACGCUGUCAUUGGAGAGCUUACUGAAGGAAAAGCAGGCACUGAAGAAUCAGAUUUCUGAGAAACAAAAGCACUGUUUGGAAUUGCAGAUCAGCAUUGUGGAGCUUGAGAAAAGUCAAAGGCAGCAGGAGCUCAUGCAGCUGAAAUCGUAUAUGCCUCCUGAUGAGUCUCUGUCGGUACAACUACGCAAUAAAAACCGUUUAAGCCGUGAGCCCGAGGCCGAUCAUGGCAGAUUCCAACUUGAGCUUGAGUGCUCUAAAUUUCCUAUGCCCCAUAUCAAUGGCAUGAGCCCUGAACUGUCCAUGAAUGGCCAUGCUACUCCCUAUGAAAUCCAUAAUGCUCUUAGCAGGCCCUCUUCCAAGCAGAACACCCCUCAAUACAUGACCUCUCACCUGGACCAAGAAAUAAUUCCUUGCACCCCAAACCACAGCAGCAGACAGAAGGUGGACAAGACAGCAAGCUUGUCCUUACCUGAUUACACGAGGUUUUCCCCAGCUAAGAUAGCCCUAAGGAGACACUUGAAUCAGGACCAUGCAAUCAAUGGAAAAGCAACAACUAAUGAGUUACACCAGAGAGCUGACCAUGUAAAAGAGAAUGGCCUUACAUAUCCAAACCCUGGCAUUUCAAAUGGCAUAAAGCUGAGUCCUCAGGAAACUCGGCCCUCUUCCCCAGUGGCCUUACCCAUUGCAGGCGAGAAGGUUUUGCGAGAGAGGACUUCUGCGAGUAAUGGAGAAACUAUCACCAGUCUACCUAUCAGUAUUCCUCUCAGCACGGUGCAGCCUAAUAAACUCCCUGUUAGUAUCCCUCUGGCCAGCGUAGUCCUACCUAGCCGUGUUGAGAAGGUGAGAAGCACACCUAGUCCAGUUCAUCAGAAUCGAGACUCGUCGUCAACACUUGAAAAACAGUAUGGUGCUAGUUCUCAUAAUGGUGUAAGCAAUGCUGCUGGAAAUAAGUCACUGGCUUUGGCUACCUCAGGUUUUUCAUAUUCUUCUGGCUCCAUGGCAGUUAAUGGAACACUUUCAAACAGCCCAGCCCACCUUAACCAUAGUGUUGAUCAGGCAGCUGUGGACGACUCCGGGAGUUUGUUUAAUUCGGUAGGGUCUCGGAGCUCCACUCCACAAUAUCCUUCUUUGCUAAUGAUGCAGUCACGGAACUCUGGGCAGAACUCCCCAGCUCACCAGCACUCAGCAAGCCCCAAGUUAAAUGGUGCCUCUCAGAGCAUGGUAGGGGUACUGCAGUAUGUGGAUGCUCAGAAGAUGUUUACCGAAGGAACAAAGGGGGAACUUCAGCCUGAUACCGCCUUUUCAGAUCCUGAGAACGAGGCCAAGAGAAGAAUCAUCUUCACAAUCUCUCCUAGUACAGGAAGUGUAAAACAGUCUCCUUCUAACAAGCACAGUCCCCUGACUGCAAGCAUUCGGAUGGACUGUGGCCAAGCAUACAUGCAGGAUGGGAAGAAACGAGGUCGAAGGAAGAGAUCCUCCACUGGGAAUCUAAACAUGAACUCGGGGGUGUCACCUAAACGCAAAUCCUUACCAACUGUGGCUGGACUCUUUGCUCAGCCUUCAGGCUCACCGCUUAAUAUAAACUCAAUGGUCAAUAACAUUAAUCAGCCUUUAGAAAUAACGGCCAUUUCCUCCCCUGAAAACUCCCUGAAGAACUCUCCUCUUCCCUACCAGGACAAUGACCAGCCUCCAGUGUUGAAAAAAGAGAAGCCCCUGAUUCAGACCAACGGCGUUCGUUACUCGCCACUGACUUCGGAUGAAGAGCAGGGAUCGGAAGAUGAGCACAAUAGCACCAGGAUUGAGAGGAAAAUUGCAACGAUAUCAUUGGAAAGCAAAUCUCCACAGAAGUGUAUUGAAAAUGGUGGCAGUUUAUCUGGGAGGAGACAAGCACAAACCAGUGAGAACAUGAAUAGCAGUAAAUGGAAGUCUACCUUUUCACCAAUUUCUGACAUCAACCUGACCAAAACUACAGAUAGCCCAUUGCAGACUGUUUCAUCUCUGAGCCAGAAUUCCCUGUUUGCCUUUAGGCCGUCCUCUGAGGAUGGCAUGGCCAUAGAUGCCAAACUUGCAGCACACACAAGGAAAAACAUCACCAUGUCCUCCUCUGGGACUGACGGACUCAGCCCCAAUACAAACUCCGUUAAUGGAUCCAUGUAUAACGGUGGACUGACCACAGACAUCGGUUUACACAGCUUUGUUGAUGGUGCUUCUCUUCCUCAUAAGACUUCAGAUGUGACGACCCUCAACUCCUCUCUGGGUUUUCAGUCACAGAGGAGCAAAGAUGUGGGGAUUAUGGAGACAAACCCCUUUUUGAACAAGAGGCAGCUUGAAGGCCUAGGCAGCAUGAAAGGAGAAGACUUAAACCGGUCAGGAGUCAAAAGUAAAGAGAUCAGUGAAUUAACCAUUCGUCCAGGGGCUUCUUCUGAAAAAAGUUCCUUGCAGCACAAUGGCAAGGUCGGCAAAGGACGGGACCGUGAUGUGGAGUUUAAAAACGGCCACAACCUUUUCAUUUCUGCUGCUGCUGUAUCUUCUGGUGGCCUUCUCAAUGGCAAAAGCCUUUCCACUGGUGUCUCAUCUGCAGGCAACCCAGCACCUUCUGUUCAGACGCACCAUCCUUUCUUAAACACAUUGACCACUGCAUCGCAGUUCCCCCUGGGCCCCAUGGCUUUGCAGGCAAACCUCAACUCGGUCACAAACUCCUCAGUAUUGCAGUCCUUAUUUAAUUCAAUGCCAGCUGCUGCCAGUCUGGUCCACGUGUCAUCAGCUGCAACCAGACUGACUAACUCUCAUGCUAUGGGGAACUUCUCUCCUGGGGUUACAGGUGGAACAGUUGGAGGUAACUAGGAUUUCUACCUCAACCCAAUGUGACCUAUGCAAGGACAACGUGGACCAACUUCACUCAGCUUCCACUGAAAGGUGCUCGCCUGGCCUGGCAGGGGUUUCUACUCUCUUACUACUGGACAAAGUAAACAAACAAAUAAACAAAAGACCUAAAUAACAGAGAAAAUAAUAUUCUACUGUGAAUCGGAGUUGAAAAAUAACUGCAAAGGAAAAUGCUUAAAAAAGCUCCAGUUUGUAUUGUCGAUAGUUUAGAUAAAGUAUUUAUCUUUUUUUAAAAAUGAAAACAAUUUUGGCUUAUUUUAUUCCAUCUAAAGUCAUAAAAAACCACAACUCAUUGAAACCAUUCUCUGAAUAAUAAAGGACUGGCACACCAGCAGAGAUGUAAAGAGCCUCCUCUCGGUGCUAUUUCAUCCGUCAGAACUGUGCCUCUCUAGUUCAAAUCCUUGGUGCUGAAUUUGAGGGUUGACCAAUGCCAAACCCAGUUCUCAGAAAGGUCUGCUUUUAUUUAUUCAACUCACUCUGUUCAUAUACCAAAGUCCAUUGGCUUACAGCAAAGCAGGAGCUACAGAGAAUGGCAGUCUUUUUGGUUUUGGGUGGUGGUGGUUUUUAUUUUUAACAGAGCUUAUGGCUCAGUUAUCAGGCAUUUAAUAUUGUUUGUUACAAACAAGAAUGCAAUACUCCCCUCUGGAAUGGCAGCUAGAUUACUUGAUCUGACCCGUGCAAACUCAGCUGGUUCAGACACUUUGAACAGAAGAAGCAUAACUUAAGUCUAGUCCUGUUAGACUACUUCACUGGGCCCAUUAAAGCCUCUGGUGGCGCUCAAGUCACUGUGAAUUUCAGUAGCUAGACUGUUAACUUGUUUUGGGGUGUCAUUUGGCAUAUGAACAGGGUGCAUAAUCACUGGUGUUGGUCAGGCCCUUUUUAACAAUAUUGGGAAGAUUGAAAACCAAGCUUCUAUGCUGGGGCAGAUAGCAGCAGAUUUUCUCAGCUUGUUGUUUUUGUUGAAGUACAAUGUAUUUUGUUAGUAAGGUUUUGAUACUUGAUUCCGAAAUGGCUCAGCCUUGUACAUUUUACUGACUUCUAAGUGCAUUCGCUUUUGUAUUUCUUUGCUUUGAAUAGGUUUAAAUGGUAGUUCACAAAAACACCACAAUCUAGCUUAACUUGCUGCCACACUAUCAAACUGGUGCAUUUUGAAUUGUAUUGUGACUUGGUGUUCUGUGUACAGAAAAGCAUCACUCCGAGCAGUGACCGUAUUUUAUAGAUGUGAUGAAAAUUUAUAAAUUUCAUAAACUUUAUUCAGUUUAUUUUUAGGUUGUGUGAUGCACAGUAAACUUGUAAAAAGUUGUUUUUAUUUAUUCAAGUGCACAAAACGGGGAGGAGGAUCCAUUAGUUCAUAAACAUCAAUCUGCAGCAUAGAAUGGACCAAGCGUCAAUAAAGGAAACCACAGUAACAGAAGGGGAAUCACUACAGCAAAGUGACUUGAUUCAGAACACAUCGGUGCUAAAGUGAACCCCUGCUGGCCUAAGUUCUGUGUGGGGAGAUACGGUCGUAUUGUGUCAAAGGCACUUGGUGUCCUCCAGCAAGCAGCCAUUCACUAUAGAGUUGAUCUCUCCCUUACCAACUCCCUAGUGCGGUUUCCCUUUGUCACAAACUGCUGGGCUUCGUGAAUCAGCUGCCUGAUUGCACUUGGAGCAGGCCAAAUAUCUCUUCACACUCUCCUGUGCUGUGCUUCCGUGGCUGGUUUGAUCGGUAUCUCCGUGAGUACUGUGCUGGUUCUGUGUGUCCAGAGGAGCUGGUGGAAGUGUUCUACUUUCCUAUUCUCAUCAGCUCCCUCCUUUCCCCACAGGAGUGAAUUGUCCUGGAAAGUUGCAGUAUCCUGAUUGACAAUGCUCACCUUCAAUGUAUUUCAAAUUGGCUGCUUCCCUCUAGACCACGUAGUGGGCAAUGGAAUAGAAGUUAACAAGCUCGGUUACCCUCUCCACUCCUAAGUGUCUCAGCCUCUCCAAAAGAUGCCGUGUGUGCAGAAGCUAUUAAUGUAAUGUUGCCUUAUUAUUGAUCACUAAAGGGACUGAUCCUUAUCCCUAAUUUCCAGGAAUAUUUUUAAUCAUUUUCUGGUUUGUGCAUGGGAGAGGAGAGGGAGGAGGUGAUGCAUCUAGCUGGAUUCCUAGCAGCAGGGAGAGAACCUAGAGAAAGGAAAUUAAUGCUGGGGGAGUGGUAGCUGAGAAACAUCCAGUAGCUUCUAGUGGAAGCCAUAAACAGUUAUGUCCUGGAAUCCAGGAAAACAUGUAACCCAGUUAUUGUUCAGCUGUGAAUUGGGCAAUGCCAGCCUGAUCCAGAUCUUUGGGUAACGGAAAGGUGCAGGGCCUUCUCAGCAGUCUUAAUCUCAAUUAAAGGCAACAAAAUGCAAACUCAGUACCUUGGAGGAUUUUAAAAAAAAAAGGUAGGUAGUGAAAUAAUGUGAACAACUGCUUAAGGGCCCGUAGCUUUACCCCGCUAUAUGUCUCGGUUACAUCCCUGAUUUAAGAGAUGGGUGGGAAAUGCAUGACAUCACUUGAGUCAGUCUGCUUUCACCAGAUAAUGAAUUCCCAUCCUGGUCAUGUGCAAUGGGAGCAAGACCUGCAGCACUUCCUAGCCAUUAUCCUCUUAAAGCAUAUGACCUCUUCAGCACUGUUGUUUUGCUAAAGGGUUUAAUGAGAGACUUUGUUGUAUUGUGAGUUUCAAACAUGCUUGUGAGGGCAGUUGGCCCUGCUGGGAUUCCAGAGCUUCUCUGCCUUUGUUAGCUUCUUCCUUUAAAUUUGACUGUUGCAACCUUCUGUGUUCUGUGCACCUUGCUUGCUUGCGGAUUUCGUCUUCCCAGUAAUCUCAGUUGAGAUGGACUUCUGGGUAAGUGUCAGGCAGGCUGAUCCUGAUUCAGGGCAGAGUAAUGGUGCAGGCAAGGCUAUGGAAUUUGUUGCUUCUCACCAAAAGGCGCCUUUUUCUCUGUUGCACCCUGGGAAUCUCCACUUUUCCAUGGAGAAAUUGGGAAAUAGAUUUUUAAAGUUUUGGGGAGUCACAUGAUGCACUGGGGUCAGGCAAGAGACCUGGGUCUUACUCCCUGUUCUUUCACUUACUCACUGUAAUCUUGGGCACGUUGGUUCAGCAUCUCCAUAUGUUUCCCCAUCUGUAAAAUCAGGAGGAUACUUGCCUUGCUUCAUAAAAUGCUUUGAGAUCUCUGGGUGAGAAGCUCCAUGUAAGCGUGAAGCAUUAAUAAUAAAGAUCUAAUCUGCAUGGCUGGUAAUUUAUGGAUAUUUGUGACCUUAGUAAGAAAGCUCGGUGCCAGAGCUGUGAGACCUAUUCUCAGUAACCUGAGGUGGUACUUUAUUUAUUUUAAUAUUAUUUAAGCCAAAAUGUGAAGUGCAAGAAAGGAAUUCUUUCUGGUUUACACUUUCAUAUGCUUGGCCCAGUCAUUCUUCUACUGUCACAAAUGUUCCUUCUCAUUCACAUUGCUGCUGCUGGCAGGGGGACUCGUAAUGAAGCUAAAAUGCAUUUUGUAGCAUCUACAUUGCCAAAAAAUUGAAUUUCCUGAAUGUUGUGUUGAGCUAAGCCUGUGUGGCCCUUUGUGAAACAGCGAGGUGGGGGGUAGAUGUUUGCAGAUGCAGAAACAAGUUGUUACA